UUUCUGCAGUGACACUGAGCAAUCGAAACAUCGCUCGCUGUGUCCCUGCUUCCCCUCCUUGCUCUUCAUGCCAUAAAGGAGCUGACAGGUCGAAGCCAUGGCCCUCCUCACAAAACACUUCUGGUUCACUUUUUCAGCACUUUCUGCAGAAUUGUCACUGCGGUCCACCCCAGUUCAUUCAGCUCCUGUGAAAGCUCCUGAUGUGCUUCAGAAGACCAUGCCACCUUCCCUGGAAACUGGCCUGGGACUGCCACACAUGGCUGUUGGUCACUUCCUAGGCUAUCCAGGACAUGCAAGCAGUGACAGCCUCCAGAGUGAUACCAACCUCGUUCAUAGCUUACAGCCACAUCCUUUGUUCAAGAGAGCAAGCAACUGGAAUAAAGUGAUCCCAAACCGGCCAGCCUUAGCCAAGAUUGUUGUUCUCGGUUCAGUGUGCAUCAUUCUCGCUCUGCUGAUUGGACUGGGCCUCUGGUGCUUCUAUUUCAUCCAGAUGAGGAAGAUCAGUGCAUUAACCUUUGGGGUUGGAGCCCUUGCUAAGAAGCUUCCAUUUCUUAAACAAGCCCAAGGGGCUCAGCCUUGGAGCUGGGGUGCAGGAAGCGAUGUGCGUGGAAGGGCAAUUGGAAAGAUCAAAAAGUUUGGCUCUGCAGCUUUGAAACACGGAAGGAAGAAAAAGAGAUCUUCAAGUGGAGAGAAAGAAGAGAGGCCACAUAAGAAGAGGAAGGUAAAUGUGGAAAAGAAAGAGAAACUGCCUAAAGAGAGUCAGGCAAAGGUGGAAAAGGAAAAACCACUUGAGGAAGGGAAGGAGAACGGGGAAAAGCAUCCUAAAGAAAGGAAGGCAAAGUCCCGCGGGCAGCGGCGCAAGAUGGCCCAGGAGAACCCCAAGAUGCACAACUCGGAGAUCAGCAAGCGCCUGGGCGCCGACUGGAAGCUGCUGAGCGACGCGGAGAAGCGGCCCUUCAUCGACGAGGCCAAGCGGCUGCGGGCCGUGCACAUGAAGGAGUACCCGGAUUACAAAUACCGGCCCCGCAGGAAGACCAAGACCUUGCUCAAGAAGGACAAGUACUCGCUGCCCGGCAACCUGCUGGCCCCCGGGCCGGGCGGCGCCGUGAGCAGCCCCGUGGGCGUGGGGCAGCGCCUGGACACCUACGCGCACAUGAACGGCUGGAGCAACGGCGCCUACUCGCUGAUGCCCGAGCAGCUGGGCUACAGCCAGCACCCGGGCAUGAGCAGCCCGCAGCUGCAGCAGAUGCACCGCUACGACGUGCCCGCGCUGCAGUACAGCCCCAUGAUGUCCACGGCCCAGACCUACAUGAACGCUGCUUCCACCUACAGCAUGUCCCCCGCCGCCUACGGCCAGCAGCCCGGCUCGGCCAUGAGCCUGGGCGCCAUGGGCUCGGCCGUCAAGUCCGAGCCCAGCUCGCCGCCGCCCGCGCUCGCCUCGCACUCGCAGCGGGCCUGCCUCGGAGACCUGCGGGAUAUGAUCAGCAUGUAUCUCCCGCCCGGGGGGGACGUCACAGACCCUUCCAGCCUGCAGGGCAGCAGGUUGCACAGCGUGCACCAGCACUACCAGGGCGCCGGGACUGCGGUGAACGGCACGGUGCCGCUGACUCACAUCUGAGCCGCCCCGACGGGCGCGGGGCGCAG